AUGGAUCAUAGCCCUCUUCUGCGGCGUGACGAUUCCACCGAACAGUUCCUCAAGCUCAUCCAGGAUCCCUUCAAGUCGGCCUUCCAAAUCAAAGCCGUCUGGGCCUCCUUAGGUACCUCCGCCGGUCUCGCCGUCGUCCUCGCCUUGUGCUUCUCGUUGUUUCGCCCGCGUCACUCCCUCGUCUACGCCCCCAAGGUCAAACAUGCAGACCGCAAACAUACACCUCCUCCCGUGGGGAAAGGCUUCUUCGCCUGGCUCCAGCCCGUCCUCCGUACCAAGGAGCCCGAGCUCGUCGAAUGUGUCGGGCUCGACGCCACCGUCUUUCUGCGCUUCACCAAAAUGUGCCGCAACAUCUUCAUCUUCCUCAGCAUCAUCGGCUGCGGCGUCAUGAUUCCCAUCAACAUCACCCAGAGCAAUGGUGACGGCGUGCCGGGGUUGUCCGCGUUUACGGCCAUGACCCCUCUCUAUGCCACCACCAACGCCAUCUGGAGUCAGGUCAUCUGUGCCUGGUUAUUCGACAUCAUCGUGGUCUUCUUCUUGUGGAGGAAUUACAAGGCGGUGUUGGCCCUGAGGCGGAAAUACUUCCAGAGCUCGGACUACCAGCGGAGUCUUAGCGCUCGGACAUUGAUGAUCACCGAUAUCCCUCCAUCGGCCCGCUCAGACGAAGGCGUUCUGCGAAUCACCGACGAAGUCAAUCCUACCGCCGCCAUUCCCCGUGCCUCCAUAGGCCGCAACGUCAAAGACCUGCCCGUCUUGAUCAAGAAACACGAGGAGACCGUUCGCCAGUUGGAGUCGGUGUUGGCGAAAUAUUUCAAGAACCCCGAUCGACUGCCAGCCAAGCGGCCGACUAUGCGCCCAUCCCGCAAAGAACGGCACGGAAACGAAAAGGUCGAUGCCAUUGACUACCUGACCGAGCGGAUCGAGCGACUCGAGGAGGAAAUCCACCACGUCCGGGCCUCCAUCGACAAGCGCAACGCGAUGCCGUUCGGCUUUGUCAGUUGGGAGAUGAUUGAACACGCGCAUGCGGUGGCCUACACGGCGCGCCGGAAACACCCCGAAGGAACGACCAUCCGGUUGGCGCCGCGGCCGAGCGACCUCAUCUGGGAAAAUCUGCCGCUGUCGAAACAAGCCCGCCGAUGGAAGCGGUUCGUCAACCGGAUCUGGGUGUCGAUCCUCACCGUGGUGUGGAUAGCCCCUAACGCGCUGAUCGCCAUUUUCCUCUCCAACCUCAAUAAUCUGGGCUUGGUGUGGCCCGCUUUCCAGACCUCCCUCAGCGCCAGCCCUAACGUCUGGGCUGCCGUUCAGGGUAUCCUCUCGCCCGCGAUCACCUCGUUAUUUUACCUGAUCCUGCCCAUCAUCUUCCGCCGCCUUGCGAUCCGUGCCGGCGACCUCACCAAAACCUCGCGCGAGCGGCACGUGCUCCACCAUCUCUACUCCUUUUUCGUCUUCAACAAUCUCAUCGUCUUCUCGUUGUUCUCCGCCGCCUGGACGUUUGUGGCGGCGGUCGUGGACGCCCAGCGCGAUGAAAAUGCUUGGCAAGCGAUCAAAGAUGGCGACUUCUACCAGAAGAUUAUGAGUGCCCUCUGUCAGGUGUCGCCUUUCUGGGUGACCUACCUGCUGCAGCGGAACCUCGGUGCGGCCGUGGACCUGGUGCAGCUGGUGAACGUCUUCUGGGUGUGGUUCUCCAAGACCUUCCUCUCCCCGACGCCGCGACAGGCCAUUGAAUGGACGGCGCCGCCGCCUUUUGACUACGCGAGUUACUACAACUACUUUCUCUUCUAUGCGACGGUGGCGCUCUGUUUCGCCACCCUGCAGCCCAUCGUGCUCCCCGUCACGGCACUGUACUUUGGCCUGGACGUGAUGAUGAAGAAAUACAUGCUGCUGUACGUGUUCGUGACGAAGAACGAGUCCGGCGGACAGUUCUGGCGCGUCCUGUUCAACCGGAUGGUGUUUGCCACCAUCCUCGCCAACGUGGUCAUCGCGCUGAUCGCCAAGGCCAAGGGGACGUGGACCAUGGUGUUCUGCGUGAUCCCGCUGCCGUUCCUGAUGCUGGGAUUCAAGGUGUACUGCGUGCGGCAGUUUGACAUUGACAUCAAAUUCUACAACCGCGCGAACUUGAGCGACGCCGAGGCGCUGGCCACCCCCGGCAAGAAGUCGAGCAAGAAGGCGUCGGACCGGCUGAGCAGCAAAUUCGGCCAUCCGGCGCUCUUCAAGCCGCUGAUCACCCCGAUGGUGCACGCCAAAGCGGCCGAGGCGCUCAAGCGCGUCUACCGUGGCCGUCUCGCGUCGUCUGUGAUCGAGGGCGAGUACUCGGACAUUGCGAUGGAUCCGAUGUCGGCCGGGCGGCCGGGCAAGACGAUGAUGGACGCCUCGGCGACCGCACCCUUCGAAGUCGUCCCCGAGAACCACCUCGACUUCUCGUACUUCAAGGACCGGCCGGACUUCCGCGACGAGUUUGGUGGCGGGAUCUACGGCCGACCCGAGGACCUGAUCACCGAGCGGUCGCAGACCCCGCGCAGUGCGCUGGGCGAGUGGUCGCCCAGCUCGUCGCGUGCGUCCUCGCCGGCGCCGUCGCUCCCGUCGAUCCCGCCGGGAGUGAGCCCGUACGACGGCUAUGACGUGGGCAUGGAGCACAUCCACCCAGCGUUCCGGGGGUCGCUGUCCCGGGGGGAUAGCGGGCCUGGGUUCUACCAGCAGGCCAACGAAAGUGAGACGCAGUUGCUCAGCCAGGCGCAGAGGCCGGCCGUAACGGAGACGACGACGCCGUUGGACCGCUGGCGGACGCGGGGAUAUGGGCCUGUGGAGCAGGACGACCCCAGCCUGACGUCGUAUGAACAUUACCGGAUGGCUCGAUAG